AAAGACUUGAGUCAGCCGGGCUCUGGCAACACCCUGCAUGGAUUCCCACUGGGUGUUGGCUGAUACACCAGCCUGAAGGACACAGAUGAGCCACCUGCCUGUGUGGGCUUUAUCCUCCCUUACUUGGCUGUGCACACUUCCCUGGGGAGGUGCUCCGAGCAGACGCUUCUUAAACAGGACGUCCGGGCUGAUCGUCACAUGAGCUGGCCCAGCGGAACUGACGGGGGAUCAUGGCCUGUGAACCAGAGAAGACAUCAAAGGAAACCCAAGAACUUCGGGACUUCUUGCAAGGAGGCUGGAACUAAGUGUUCUGAUGACACCAGAGAGGAGGAGACCAGAAAGCAAUGUCUCUUUCCUCCCCCCCAUCCACCCCCGUCAGCACAGGGGCUCCUCAAACCCAGGGGACACUCCUUCGUCUCAGACUGGUCUUCAUCCAGAAACCUUUCUAGCCUCUUCUUACCUUUGGGCUGUCCUUGGCCUCAGGAAGGAAGAAUCCCACCCCUGCCCUGCUGUCCUCCAGCUCCUGUCCUUCCACUUCAGUCAGAGAAGUGUAGCUGAGCCUGUCCCUUCUGGAAUUUCUGCAUUUUUACCAGAAGGAUUAACUGGGCCAGGGAUAAACGGGAAGCGUCUCUCACCCAAGGACCAGUUGGACCUCGUAUUUCCAGGAAGAAUGGCACCCCGUGUGGUCCAGCUCCUGUUCCUCCGGCUUGUUCUAGAGCCAGCUUUGGUCGAAAACAUCCAGCUACAGCUCGCUAUCAAGAACUUCCGUACCUUACAUAUCGACUAUCCCAAGGUUAACUACGCAAAGCGUUUCCGGGGCUACUGUAGUGGUCUGAUGUCCUAUGUACGGGGCAGACAACAAAGCUGGUAUUGCCCAAAGAUCCAUUAUGUCUUACAUGCCCCGUGGACAGCCAUCAAGAAGUUCUGCAAGUACAGCGAGAGCUUCUGUGAGAAUUACAAUGAAUAUUGUACAGUCACCCAGGACUCCUUCCCCCUCACAAUCUGCUCCCUGAGCUCCAAGCAGCCACCCACCAGCUGCCACUACACCAGCACCCUAACCGACCAAAGGCUCUAUCUGCUCUGCUCCCAAAAGUAUGAUGCUGAACCGAUAGAUAUCAUGGGCCUCUACUAGGGAUGGGACGUGUUAAGUCUGAACUAGCCCCCCCUACUGCCGCUACAGACCAGCCUGUCCCCACUCCUGAAGCUCUGAUCCCUGGUACAAGGCUUCCUUCCUGGCUUCAAAUGUAGGCAGGAUCCCCUCCCAAGAGACCAGGGAGAUAGGAAAUAUGUCCAGAGCUUUGGUCACCAUGCAAAGUUGUACUGUCUGCUAGGCUCUUUCUAACUUGUUUAUCUCCCCCCAUCACUCCUGCCACCACCCUCCCUCUCCCACAGACAGUUUCACCCACCCAAGAAGCUGACUGUGUCCAGUUGGCAGUGACAGUCCAUCUACUGGGCCAGAUCCUGUAUCGUGGCUGGAGGCCCAGAGCCUCAGCUCACACCACGGUACCAGUUCCGAGUCUCAAAUCCCCAUCCCUGCCACCCUUCCCUUCUCAGUCUUCCCCAUUUCCCUUAUGAUUCCCUCUACUCCCUCACCCACAUGGUAGGUAUCUCCAGCUGUAGGAACCUCCCUGAGAGUCUUAGACUCAUAUUAGCUUCAUUUCUCCAGGCCACGCUCCCUCCCCCGAGCUCUCAGUCUGUUCCUCUCUAUGGAAUCACUGAUUUCCUCUUCAUGUAACCUGUCUUUUCUGUCCUCCUUCCACCACGGAGCCCAGUGCAGUCUCUCCCCUACACACCCAACCUCUUUAGUCACCCUUUAUUCUUCUCUGACCUCUUUUCCUUCCAUCCGUCUCAGCUUGGUUCACUGGAUUUCCAAAUUAUCUUUGACCUAUUCCCCCCAGAUUCCUGCAUCCUUUUACUUCCCAACCUCCUCCUAACAUCCCCCAAACUCCAGAAUCUGCCUCUGACAAGGCAGGGGUGAAGUGGGCCCAGCUGUAGUCACAGAAGGAUUUAAAACCAUAUCUGAAUUAUGUAAGAUAUAACCAUUGGAUGAAACUGGGUGAAGGGUACAUGGGACCUGUCUGUACUUUUUGCAUCUGCCUGUGAAUC